CUGGCAUCCUUGCCGUCAGCCAGCAGUGCAAAACAUUCCAUUUCGAAAAACUCGCUUUAGAGUAGUUAUUCCGUAGAAUCGUGUACUAAUUGCUAUGCCAGGAGUAAGAGUAUUAAAACAUAACAUUUGGUAGAGAAGUGAUUCAAAAAUUCAGAAACUGUAAAACAUGAAUUUGAUCAAGCUGCUUCAGAAUGUGCUAUUUGCAGAUUGAUACUGCAUUGCAAAAACAAGACACGGGAAAGAAAGAUACUAAAACUGACAAAGUAGAGCUCUAGAUUUUCACGAGUGCUAAUAUUCAUCCAAUAUCCAUCGAUCAAUUAUCAGAGGCUUGUUACAAAUUAUGUAAUGUUGAUACACGCGUUAUCCAGUCACUGUUUAUGGUAACAAGGAUUCGUAAAGAAUGAUAAGACAGGUACUACGCAGGAGAAAAGGUGAUAAUACACUUCUUUUUUCUUUUGCUGUUAUUUGGAAAUCUUGACCAUAGUAGGUCAAGAAACAAGUGUGAAUGAUGUUUUUGGAGAAUAUGUGCUAAAAAUAAUCGAGUUGUAGCGAAAAAUAGAAUAAUUACAUCCGGUCAUGUCUCGAAGUAACCUGAUAGAAUCCUAAACAACGAUAAGUAAAGUUGCAUCUCUUGCUUUGUGAUUCAAUCAAGUUUGAAGAGGAUAGAUGCGUAAAAGAAUGAAUAAAAUAUGUAUAAGAUUAAAUUGACAAAAUGGUUUAAUUUAAUCGAGAAAUAAAUACGACGGACAAAUAUAAUUGAAGUUUUGCUAUUUGGACAACUUGGUGCAUCAAUAGACAAAAACCUCACACACCGGCUGAUGCAAUCAAGACGUUUGACCUUGAGCAUGAACGACUAGAAUCGAGCUUCACAAAUUAUGAUCAUGAAUAGUAAUUGCAUUUUGAUGACGAAUAUUUAGAAACAUUUUAAAGCGAGAAAACAUUGGAUGACAUUUUUCAACUGUUAGAAGAGGUACAGCGGAAAGACGAGAAAAUAAAAGUGAUCAAAAUCCAAGUGCAUCCUUACAGUAGCAACAAAAUUGCAACUAUUCUGAACAUCAGCAUAAUCACAACCAACAGCAAACGUUUCAUCGUCGCCAAUCGGCGAUGAUAACCGAAAGCAACGGUUUGACCGGCGGUGCUAUGGUUACACUGCCCACAAACGGAAAACUGACACAUAGUACUGGUCCAACUGUGCGAAUGAUUUCUCGUCAGAAUGCCACCGUUACGAAGGAUGGCGACGGGAAAAGAAAAACAUUACCGGCGCGUGUAGCACACCUUUACUACCGGCACGGUUUGUUCCUAUCGAGUUAUCCGACCUGUGCAACGAGCGUAGCAAUUGCCGUGAUCAUCUUCUGCUGCUAUCCUUUACUCAACAUCCCUCUUCCCGGAACUUUCCCUACGAAGGUGAUUUUUCCCUACUCGGACCAGAUUGGAAGGAAUCUACAAUUCUAUAGCCACUCUACCAAUGGCUCAAGUAUCACUUCCGAGCUGUAUAAUCCAUUCAACUUUAACGGGAAUAACUUCUUCAGCAUCUACAACAUCAGCUUAGAGCCACCGUUUCCGUGGGCUCGAAUUGACCCGCUUCUCUAUGUUCAGCAAAUUAUUAUGCGUUCCAGUGUGGUACCGUGGAAGGAUGAGCUGCAGCUAACGGACGCCUUCCGGGGACCACUGUACGAGGUAUUCAAAUUGAUCGAGAUUAUACGCAACCACGAGGAUGACAGGAAAACCACUCUCAGUCAUCUUUGCUUGCACGUUGAAAAUGUAAAGCGAACUUCUCAGCAAAUGCUUUUUCCUGAAUACAACUGUCUGCUGCUGUCGCCGGCAAAUUUGUGGCAACAAAACAUUCAAAGCUUUAACAAAGACAGCAACCUCCUCAAUACGAUAUUUGUAAAUCACAACCUGCACAAAUCUAAAGUAUCGACAUCGGAGAUGCUUUUCGGAAUAUCUCUGCGGGAUACUGGAGUUAAGCGAUACCCGAUGCGUGUCCGCUCGCGAAUCAUUCAGUACGCGGUUACACUGAUUCUUCGGGAAAAUGAUGCUGCCUUUAUUGGUUCACUUAAGGAGAAAUUGAUACAAUCGUAUCCGAUGCACCAACCUGUAGAAAACACCAGUCCGUCUCAGACUCAGAAGCAGAAAAUCAACGAGCAGUCCUCGAUCAUGUACAUAUUCUAUCCAGGAGAGUUUGACUGGAAAGAGUUCUUGCCCCAGUGUAUCGCGAUUAUGAUGUUAUUUUUGUAUGUGUAUUUUUCAGUGCGUAAAAUUGAAGUGAUACGAUCUCGACUGGUACUCGCUUCUAGUGCCGUGCUCACAGUUCUCGGUAGUUUAAUGAUGUCACUGGGGAUGUGCUUUUUCUUCGGACUGACAAUCAGUUUACAAUCGAAAGGAGUCUAUCCAUACUUAGUGAUUCUCGUAGGUUUGGAAAAUGUUCUUGUUAUCACGAAGAGUGUGCUUACGACAGACAACAAUUUGGAUGUGAAGAUUCGGCUCGCUCAAGGUUUAUCGCGAGAAGGUUGGUCGAUCACGAAGAAUCUGCUCGGUGAAAUCACAAUAUUAACCAUUGGGCUGUGUACGUUUGUUCCAGUGAUUCAAGAGUUUUGUAUAUUUGCAAUUGUUGGACUGGUUUCAGAUUUUUUCUUGCAAAUGAUGUUUUUUUCCACCGUGUUAGCAUUGGAUAUCAAACGGGUUGAGUACAGUGCCGAAGUGAGACAGCUACCGAAAAUGCUGUACUACAACAGUGACACACGACGAAAUGUCUUCGAUGGUAGCCGCAAUGGGAGCAUUAGUCGAUCCAUGUCCCAUCCGAAGCUUUCCGCUAUGAAUCAAAGUGGAAAUCAUAUCAAGAAAAAUAGUCUGACCACAUCGGUAAACGGUAAAGAUAAGAAGAUCCCGAAACGGUUGAGAAUCGUAAAUUUUUGGGCAAGAACGAGAUUUUUCCAACGAGGAUUCAUGAUCUGGAUGAUUCUGUGGAUCUCGAAUAUUAUUUAUAAUUCAGGACUUAUCGAAUACAUGAUUGACAAGAACCUUUCAGCACAACGUGCCGCCAGUGACGCUAGUAAAUUUGACAUUCCGGUAAAUGAUAUGAACGAUAUAAAAUUGCCUGACGGGGCAGUCCACUUGAAUUACAACCAUUUUGCGGAUGGAGAACUAAAAGGCAACAGCGAGAAAAUGUUAAAUAUCACCGAACAGUUGAAACGACUGAAGCAUCCAGACUAUGAAACCGUCUAUCAGCUUUCUAAUUUCCAUUGGUCUUCAAUAUUGAAGCAGUACAAUGUGUCGUUGUCAGGAAGAUAUGUAACUGUAUUGCCUUCGAUCAAAUUAUCGCACGCUGUAAGUCCACAGGUAGCACUUAAACUACGCAACCCAGAGGAACAGGUACCGCAUCAUUUUCAGUGGAAAGCACUGGCAGCGGCGCUUGAUCCGUUAGAUUUGAACGAUGUCGAUACGGGAGACAAUCCCAAUUUAAACAACGGAAACGCACCGUUUUAUCCCAAAACUCCGAUGGAGAUUAUUUUAAGUUGUAUGUUAAUUGCAGUAAGCAUAUUCGGUGUGACGUACGCUUUAGUUGUACUAUAUCGUUGUAUGUGUACUCGAAAUUAUGCUGAAUGGCGUGCCAGUUGGCACGACGGCGAAAGUGAUGAACCCAAACAAGAACAACGUAUACUGGAAGGGGUACCUGUUCAGGUUAACGGUCACAAACAUCGCAUUGAGUGUUUGGUCACGGAUGGUAACAUGAUUGCCAGCUCCUGCCUGCAAGGUCAGGUUAAAAUUUGGGACGGUACAAAUGGUGAGCUGAUUGCCGAAAUACAUAGAUCAAAUCAUUUUGAAAUGCAACGAACGGAAAGUCGACAUUCACUAAGAGAUUCAGUUAUCGUUAAAAGUGAACCCUCAAAUACAAACGUCACCGGGUUACAGGAACUAUUUUCCGAUAGUUCGCCAACCAGCUUUGCUUUUAAGCUGAAGAAAAAAUUACAGUUCAAUUUUACUAGUCAUAACCAUCAACACGAGAAACAGGAAGACAUAAAUCCGUCACGGUUCGAUUUUGCCGCCCAGUAUGAGAAACAUUUUACCACUGGUCAAACAGUAUGCAACGGGGGACUAGGAGUGGAUCUGAUGAAUCGUGUUCUGCUAAACAAUCCGAAACACUGCUACGAGAAGACGGGGUCAGAAAAUAUGCCAAAGCAUUACACUUCCUUUCAACAGCCUAAAAGAUCUCGCAGUGACGAUGACGGCCCUCCACAUCGGCAAAUCAACCCGGGUGAUUGCUCUCAACCACCUGGAGAAGGGGGAGACGCAGUGCUAAAGAAAUAUUAUCAGUCAUCGCCGAUCUGGUGUUUGGAUUUUUUAGAUAAUCUCAUCGUGAUUGGUUGCGCCGAUGGUCGCUUGGAAUUUUGGGAAGGAACAACUGGUAAUUUUAAGGGCAUAUAUGAAGCCGAAAAUACCUACAACAAUGGAGUAACCAACAUUAAGCUUGCCAGUGACAAAGUGGUAGUUGCGCGGUUAAGUGGGCGUAUGGAUUUCCUAAGGCUGGAAACGUACACACAGGGUCGUCAGAUCGAUUGGGGCUUCACAUCGGCUUAUAGACGGACUCACGUGCGAACAGGCUCGGCAGGAAGCAUCAGUUUAAUUCAGCUAGUCGGCUCAAAUCCGUCUUCUACGACUCAAUAUCACACGUCCGAAGAAGAGCUUCGGUGUAUUCUGGAGUAUCAUCAGCAGGGUCACCAAAUGCCUGUCACGUGUUUGGAAGUGGCAGGCGGUAUAGUUAUGACGGGCAGUCAGGAUCACACGGUCAAAGUUUUCCGUUUAGAUAGUCAUCUGUUGCAGUUUACGCUCCACGGCCAUUGUGGUCCAAUCACGUGCCUUUUUAUCGAUCAGUGGCAGGCUGGAAUGGGUGCCUCCGGCUGUCAGGAUGGUUUACUGUGUGUGUGGGACUUAGUACGAGGUGCCUGUAUGUACAAAAUUGAAGCCCAUGAUGACUCCAUAGUAGCGCUUGUCUGUUCACCGAGUUACGUGAUCUCACUCGGACUCGACGAAAGGAUACGGGUCUGGGAUCGAUUUCAGGGUCAACCGCUCAACACCAUGGCCGUUAGUCAUGCAUAUUCAUCGCUUGUGAUGCUGACCCCAUCGCUUCUUGUAACCGGGAAGCCAGGUUCGCUAGUCGUGUGGGAUGUCCGAACUGGUGAUGUUGCCCGAGAAGUUAAACUGGAUUGUUCUAACUCACAGCUCAAUCCAAAGAUUAUGCUUCCUGCCAGCGGAUCGGUAAUUUGUGACUAUGGGAAUCAAAUGAGAAUUGUUCGUUUCCCACUUGUUGCUGCAGAUAAAUGUGAAUAAAAAGUAGAAGGCACACAGAAAAGACUUAGAUAAACACACACAAAACAUAACAAAACAAAGUUUCUACUCAGAGUAAUGCAAAGCAACCAGUAACACUGACUAAAGUAGUUCGUUUUCUAGACUUAGCUACUGUUAUUCGUGAAGUUAGUUGGAGAUAGUUUUAGGAUAUUUAUUUUUUCUGGAAUGGUCUAUCUUAUUGUGUUAGAUUAAACAUUUCCCAAAAUACUA